AUGAGCAGCACUCAGUUCGCGGAAGAGAUAGUGAUAUUACUCGAAGAAAGGAUUUAUUCAUUUGUAGAGGUGAUAUUUGAAAAAUUAACGUUUACGUACACAUUCGUCUUCUACGGCUUUGCUGUCAAAUGUGCAUUUCAUUGGAUGCAAAUCCGGGUCGAAUUUUCGAUUGUCAUGUAUCGCUCUAAUAUCUUCUCAAAUGGUGACGACCAAGCGAUUGAUUAUACAUCUUCGUCUCAAAAUAGCUGCAUUCACUUCAAUAUUCGGACGAUGAACUCUCCUGCUGAUAUCUUUUGCUUUGAUCUCACGGAUACUUUGGCGCUAUAA